AUGGCACAGCCAACAAGUCCGUCAAAGUCCCUGCCAGAAGGAGCACCCAAUGGCAAUCCAAAUACAAGCUCCCACCAUGUGAGAUCUAACUCGGAUGUUCCUAUAGAUCCCUCGAUUUCGCAAGCCAGCCCGACCUACCCUCCCUACUCACCCUACCCUCAGGGCCAGGACAUGCAACAUGCCUACCAGCCCCAACAUCCGCCUUACAUGCAGCAACGACCGCCACACGAGCAAUGGGGAGGUUAUCCACCACAACAUGGUAUGCCCGGUCCGUACCCCCACCCGGGGCCAGGCGUUCAAGGUCCCCCGCAGACUUCAGCGGCGUCGCGAUCCGGUCAGGUGUAUUCAUUUGUGCCGAUCCCGGGUGCGCAGCAGCACAAGCGACCUCGACGGAGAUAUGAAGAGAUUGAGAGAAUGUACAAAUGCGGCUGGAACGGGUGUGAGAAAGCGUACGGAACGUUGAAUCAUCUGAACGCGCAUGUGACCAUGCAAUCGCAUGGCACCAAGAGAACUCCCGAAGAGUUCAAAGAAAUCCGCAAGGAAUGGAAAGCUCGCAAGAAGGAGGAAGAGAACGCACGCAAGGCAGAGGAAGAGCGUCACCGAGCUGCGGCGCAAGCUAGCCAGGUCGACCCUCCUGCAGAUGCACAUCAGGUUCCGGGGCAAGGCUACCAACAGAAUGGAGCCCGCCCAUCUCUCCCACCCAUAGGAUAUCAAACCCCCGACAACCAUGCUCAGGGACAAUACGCGCAGCCCCAGGCCGGCAUGGUUUAUCCACAGGGAAAUGGCCAGAUGGGCAGCUAUCCAAAUUACCCGAACUCGCCCUACGGACAGCAAGGCCAGGUCUAUCAGCAACGUCAGUACUAG